AUGGCUGCUUCAUCGACGUCGGUGGGCACAGCAAGCGAUGUAUCCGAAGAAAUACCUCCAUGGGCACGCGGUAAUCAUUUGCGAUAUGUGGAAAAAGAAGUUCUUAUUCCUAAAAUUGUGAGAGAAAGAGCGAAGGCCAAAUGUGAUGAUUUGGUUAAAGGUAAACAAUAAAGACAUUGAUGUGAAGUAUAUGAAAUAAUUCAUUUUUGAACUGCGGUUGUAGAUGAGAGUGAAGAAGGAUCAUCGCAGUAAAUUUUCCAAUUUAAGCAAUUGGAAAGAAGAAGCCUGAUAAUCACUCUAAUAUAGACAUUACUACCGUUUCCAUCAGGGAUAAAUCAUUUAAAAAUUGUACGUGACGGGAACAUUUCUAAAUCUCUUGAAACUGUUGGCAGGGUUGGGGUUUCUGCUCUUUUUUAUGUUAAAAGUUGGGGUAAGCUCAUGGUAUUCUAUUUUAGAGAUGGAGGCCCUGAGAAAUUUUCCCAGAGCCAUAGAAAUGGAGAGAGUGGUGGACGUAUAUUAUUUGUUAUGAUUGCAAAUGUAUUAAAGGACAACUUUUUUGGUGAUCUUAGUCAAGUAUAUGUUGUAGUUAAUUUUUUAUCUCAGGUAAUUUUUAUUUUUCCUUUGUUUCAACUUCAUAAGCAUACAUUAUCAUACCCAAAAACAAAAGAAAAACAAAAAUUACCUGAGAUAAAAAAUUAACUACAACAUAUAUUUCCACCACCUUUUUAGCCCACUACUUCAUGAGCUGACUACCCUGCGAGCAGAGGCUACAUUUUUGCUGUGUUAGCUGGUGUGUGAAAAGAAGCGACAACUUUUCAAUUUUCUAUCGUGCAUGCGCGAAAUUCAUCACGCGAUUCGCAAGCAAAAUUAAUUGUCAGGUCUGUCGUCAAAUGGCGCGAGUUUCGCGGGAAUAAAAAAAUAGCAACAACUCUCAUCUGCUAUGCAAGACUCACGCAAGACUCACGCAAUGCUCUAAACUGGUCAAGAACAGUAAAAAGCGCGUUUUUUAAAUUUAUUCGUCCAGAUUUCUGGAUGGAUUUGAACGGUUGUCGGCAGAGGCUACUUUUCGCACACCAGCUCACACAGCAAAAAUGUAGCCUCUGCUCGCAAGGUAUGAGCUGACAAGUAACGAGUAUUAAUACAUCAGCCAAUCAGAAUGCAGGAUUUGUAAUGGAAUAUCAGGUGCACAAUCCAUUCAACCAACAUUUCUGGAAAUUUUUGUUUGAAGUUAAAUGAAAUGGUCCUUUUUGGUUCAGUCCUAUGGAAAUAUUUGGGAUCACCUGUGAAGGUGGUCCUCUUUGGCUUAGAGGACUGGCCCCGGUUGUUCAAACGCUGGAUAGCACUAUCCACCGGAUAAAAAUCUAUCCAGUAAAUGACGCAAUUGGUUUCCCUAAUACAUAUCCGCUGGAUAGUGAUUUAUCCGGUGGAUAGUGCUAUCCAAGGGUUGAACAACCAGGGCCUGGUCCGACUGAAAUUUCCUGUUCCAUUCGGCCAGAUUGUUGUUUCUGAGAACGACCUCUCUGUUUCCUGCUCACAAUAUCACUGACAUGGUAAGCAAUUAAUCUUGUUUUGAAAAAGCCACUUGCAAUUUUACUGCUGCAGGUUGAGCAGCUUUGUCCACGAAGUUUGACAAUUGUUGGUACAUGACUGUAUCUAGAAAUGUUGAAUGUUUUUGCUACUUUCUUGUUAACCCUUAAACUUUAAAUGUUGCUUGUUUGCUUGUUUGAGUUCAUUGACUAAAUGAGUUGUGUGGUUCCAAGCAUUGUAUUGAUGAUGAGAGUGUUCUCUGAAGAGUGAAGACUUGUUUGAAAGGGUUCAACAGGCCAAAAAAAUGCAUUGUAAAAACUUGCAGGUGAAUUCUGUUGUGUUUCAUGACUGUAUUGUUGUCACUGAUGAUGUCACUGGUGAUCAGUAAAUUAUUGGAAAAUACCACUGACUCUAUUCAUUCAUGGGAAUUGUGGAAAUUCCAUCUGGAAAUUUUGGUUGAAUGGAUUGCAUCCCGAGUUAAUCAGUCAAAUGAAGGAGAAAAGCCAUUUGAAAGUUUGAGUAUUUUUACCUCUGUUUUUUCUAAUUUUACAGCUUUUACACAGUGUGCAAAGUCAAGAACUGUGUCAGUAGUGUGGGCUUGCCGUAAAGAAAACCAAGCAAUGAAAGAUUGUAUGACACACUAGUAAGUAAAAGGAACUCAAUUUCAACCAUGUAUAUCUAUGUAAAUCUAACAUCUUUAGGUGGUGUGUAGGGUUGGUGUUGUAGAGAUGCCAAACCCUGAAGAUCUAAAAUCUGGAGACUGUAUUUUUCUCCCCCUUAAGGUUCCCACUAUCAACACACCCAACCCUUGAUAGACACAAUUUGACUCAGUCCCCCCAAAAUCAUUAUUGGGUGUGGGUCAGGACAUUAAAGGUAGUUUUAUAUGAGGUACAGACCAUUAACCCUUCAGGUCCCAAGAGUGACCAACAUCAAUUCUCUCCUAAUAACAGCAGCAGAUCAUCAAGAGUAAAGGUUAGGAGAAUUGCUAAAUUGACUACCAAAGGCCGAAUGCUUUGAACUUAAACCAAAUUCUCUCAACUAUUCUUAAAAGAAAUGUAUAGAGAUUAGUCUGGAGAAUUGGUAUGUUGAUCCUGGGGCUUAAAGGGUUAACAACAGUAAGUUUGCAUACAUGACUGUCAAGGCCAAAUAAUUUUUGUCAGUUGUGAAACACUUGGAAAAAUGCCACCAGAAACCUUAAUAUAACAUUUUUGAAUUUUGGGGAAAUUUGGGGAGUCCAAACUAGAGCACAGAAAAGCCCUAAAUUUGAUAUUAUCACUCUGAAGAUGCGGUGACCCAUAAAAAAGAAAGUUGACGUGUGUGGUGUUGUCUAGGUAUGACGUCUGUCCUUUUGCUGUAACAUGGUUUGUAGUAGAACUCAUUAUCUUUUUCCUUGCUCAUCACAUUCGGACAUACUAAGACAAGGCAUAAAGUGAGAUAAAAGUACUAUUAAAGUACUGUAGUGACAUGGUGACUUAGGCUCACUGUAGUAUAUUAGCACAUCUGUUGUCUUGUCUAUGUUUCUGUGAUAUAAGUGACUGGUAGAAGCCGAGAGACUGUUAGCAGGGCAAAGCUCAAGUUGGUUAUCAGUAGAUUGUGAGAAAUGUCACUGUUGUAGGUAGAUUUGUUCUCAGGUUAGACAAGAAUUUCUUUUGUCUUCUAUGAGUAAGUUAGGCUGGGAAACAAAGGAAAAUCUGAAUCAAACUAGUUGAAGAAUGGUUUAACUUGAGAGUGGAUUGUAAUUACAAAAUGUUACAAAAUCUUGAUAAAUUAAUUCUCAAAAAUUUUUGGAUUUUUGAUUCAAAGAGACCUGCCAGCAUCAGUGAUUGGUGUUAUGUAAUAGUAUUUCUUUUAAUAUACUUCUAAUUAAAUUGUUUUACUGAAUUUCCAUUACUUAGUUACCAGGACAAAGACUUUGUAGAAGAAUGUAAGGAGGAGUACCUAAAGAGAAGAGAAGAUUUUCAAAAGCAGUAUUCACAGUCUGGACAAGCAGCAGAUUUCAAGAAGAAAGAUUCAGUAAUAAUGUGA